AUGUCGAUCCAAAGCCUCCCUGACGAAAUCUGGCUUCAGAUUGCUGAACACCUUGACUCGACCUCAAGUAUCGCCGCUCUCUGUCGUGUCAACCAUAGACUCUGCGGUAUCCUGCAGCGGGAACUCUUCCGCGAUGCGAUUGAGAGAGAUCUUCCCGAAAUCGCGACUACAGCUGCAGCGAAUGGCCAGCUCGCGGUACUGAAGGCUGCCGCGGCUUUCGGCGCCGAUCUCGGGCGUGUGCGUCCCGUCGAGCCGUCUGUCGAGUUGCUGGCCAGCUUCGAACAAUUCGGCAUUGACUCGUUUUAUUCGACGACGUGUUGGGGUACGCCACUCCAUCUGGCUGCGAGAAACGGCCACAUGCAUGUGGUGAAGUGGUUGAUCGAGCACGGCGUCAACAUCAAUGCCCCAGCGCGAUAUCUUUGUCAUUGCGUCUCGAAUCAGCAAAGCACUCAAUGGACAAUGACGAAGAAAAUAUUCAGCCAGCGUAUUGCGUGGACGCCGCUGCAUCAUGCGCUUUGUGGAGGGAAUGGUGAGAUUGCGCGGUAUCUCAUUUUGGCUGGUGCUUCGUAUUCUAUGGUGGUGCCAGCUACAUCGCCGUCCUGGCCGGACUUCGACUUUGAUGUCGAUGACGAUGAUGAAUACGACGAGCCGGAGGAGACGUUGCCUAUUUAUUGUGCGCCUCAAGUGACACGCGAACAAAAGCAGAAGGCUCCAGGGAAAUGGACUGCGGGGAUUACGCGUUUCUUCCGUCGAUUUGUUGGAGGCUCAAACAACACCCAGUGUGCCAGCUGA